CAAAACCUUUAUCGGCGUGCGCGCACCGAAUGUUUAUUACAUCGACGCUUGAACUGCUCCCUUGCAUUUUGUUUCGAUCUAACGACACGCGCGCUUGCCCGCACGCAGCCUCCGGUCUAGCCGCAUUUUCGAAAAAUAAAUUCACAGUCCCAAACGGAUUGUACGAAAUAAUUAUUUUGAGAAAAAUAAUUAUUUUAAGUAACUUUUAAUGUGUAAAUUAAAAGUGUAGUGUAUUUGACUGUAGUAUUAUUCGAUUAAGUGUAAUCAAGUUGGUGAUUUUGGACGUUAUUUUUAGUUGGUGAAGGAAUUGGCGAAAAUGAACGGUCCAAACACAAGCAUGUCGUUCGUGGACUCCUACAGAAAAUUUAUGGAACGCAAUAGCGAUCCUCGGACGGAGAACUGGUGGCUGAUGUCUGGACCUGGACCUCUGCUCACGAUCCUCGCUUCCUACGUCUACUUCUGCACCUCCGUUGGCCCUCGGUACAUGAGGGAUAGGAAACCCUAUGACUUGAAGAACACCAUGAUAUUAUACAACGUCUCACAAAUCUUGAUGAGCAUAUACUUGGUGUAUGAGGGUCUGGCGGCUGGAUGGUGGAACGACUACAACUUCUCAUGCCAACCAGUUGAUUACUCGAACAACCCCAAGGCUCACAGAAUGGCGGCCGCUGUGUGGUGGUAUUUUGCAGCCAAGAUCAUUGAGCUUCUGGAUACAAUCUUCUUUGUGCUAAGAAAGAAGAACAGGCAGAUCACUUUUCUGCAUUUAUAUCAUCAUUUCAUGAUGCCCAUCUGCGCGUGGAUCGGAGUCAAAUUCUUGCCUGGUGGUCAUGGCACUCUCCUCGGAGUGAUCAAUUCUUUUAUCCACAUCAUUAUGUACACUUACUACCUGAUCUCCGGUCUUGGACCUCAAUACCAGAAAUACCUCUGGUGGAAGAAGCACCUCACUACGAUGCAACUGAUCCAGUUCUGCAUCAUCUUCUACCACAACUUCAGCGUUAUGUUCUGCGAAUGCAACUACCCUAAAGUCAUCAACUUUUUGCUUUCCUUGAACGCUGGCCUCUUCCUUUAUAUGUUCGGUAACUUCUACUAUGUAAACUAUGUCAAGAAUAAGACCACAGUCCAAUCUCCACAGGUAACAAGUGAAAAAGCGAAAGAGUGCUAAUACAAAGACUUUAUAAAAUAGAAUUGUGAUCGUUUUAGUUUAGUUAAAUUGAAGCUAGAAUUUAUCUAGCUUCUUUAUGUGAUAGAAUUGUGUUAAGGAUUUUGAAACUGUGUGCUUACUCAUUUUUGUUACUCAUUAAUGAUCUUACUUCGUUGGGAAAGACUCUAAUGAUCCUUGCUCAAUUUUGAUCCUUCUCUUUAACGUUAUGUUUGUCAAUUUAAUGCUACUCAUACCUUUACGCUUAAACAAUUAUUGUUAUUUUAUUCAUUAUUUUGUUUCAUACAGAAUUUUUCAAAAUCUGUAACACAUAUAAUAAGUACGUACUAUGUUAGUAAGCUUAUUAGACUUUUACCAUUUUUUAUAGGCUAAUGACUGUAUAUUUGUACAAAUAGUUGUAAUUUUUGGUUAAGGUAAUAUGUUAUUAUUGAAUCAAUGAUAUGUUAUUGUAUUUGAUUAAUUAUUUGCCCUGAUUUCAUAAACAAACCUGUAUUUUGAAAUACAAGUUUUGUUAUGACGAAUUCUUAUAAAUAUCAUUUAUGUACGACUUAUUUAUUUAGCAUUUUAUUGUUAUUUAGAGGCUCAUAACUCUGCCGC